AUGUCCUCAAUCACAAUAGCAACCCUUCCCCGCAUGACCCGGGAUGCUCUCUCCGAGCUUCUUCUCUCGACCACUUCUCCCAGCAAGCUUGCCAUCAUCGACGUAAGGGAUCAGGACCACAUCGGCGGGCAUAUUUAUUCCUCCACCUGGGUUCCAAGCUCAACACUCGACUAUCGCAUGCCGGAACUGGUCCGAACGCUCAAAGAUAAAGAAAAGGUUGUAUUCCACUGUGCUCUGAGCCAGCAGCGGGGCCCAUCAGCCGCCCUCCGCUACGCGCGAGAGCGAGAGGCAGCAUUGGGCCCAGAAGAGAGCAAGAAGCAACAGGUCUAUGUCCUCGAGGGCGGGUUUGUCCAGUGGCAGGAGAAAUAUGGUAAAGAUACCCGGCUGACAGAGGCCGACCCCAUGCGACAUGCACCACUUUCCAUCGACUUACAGACCUCGCAAGGAGAACUCGGGUCCGGUUUACCGCGGCCGGUGCCGGUGAGCUUCAGUUCAGUGUCAAGCCACGUUGGACUGAUGCGGGAUAUGGCGGGUUCUAGGACUGCAAACGCGAUGGCGCACGAUCAUAGAGCCUUCUGA